AUCCACAUGUGACAACCAGGGAAUCAGGCCAUGUCUCCAGUCCAGGUCCUAAUAAUAGGAGCGGGGGUGAGAGGAGAAACUUAUGCCCAGUAUGCCCUGAACUACAGCGAACACUUACAGGUGGUUGGUGUUGCCGACCCUCGCCUGUUCAGGUGCAAACGUCUGCAGCAGCUGUAUAACAUCCCAGCUGGGAAUGUGUUUACAGACUGGCAGGAAGCUGCGGGCAGAGAGAAGUUUGCCGACUGUGUUGUCAUAGCAACCCCAGACCAGCUGCACAAGGGUCCAGCCGUGGCCUUCGCUGACCGAGGCUAUCACAUUCUACUGGAGAAACCCAUGGCAGUAACAGAGGAGGACUGCAGAGAGAUUGUGUCUGCUUGUGAGAGGAAUAAUGUCAUCCUGUCUGUGUGCCAUGUGCUGAGAUACUACUCACCAGUACAGAAAAUAAAGGAACUGAUUGACAGUGGUGCCAUAGGAGAGGUAGUCAACAUCCACCACAUGGAACCAGUUGGUUUCUGGCACUUUGCCCAUUCCUUUGUACGCGGGAACUGGCGGAACACGACAGAGAGCAGCUUCUCUCUCCUGGCCAAGUGCUGCCAUGACGUCGACCUCAUCCGCUACUGGCUCUCAGGAUCAAGGUGUGUCAAGGUGUCCUCUUUUGGAAGUCUUCUUCACUUCACACCUGACAACAAGCCAGCAGGUGCAGCUAGCAGGUGUUUAGACUGCCAGGUGGAGAGCACCUGUCCUUAUUCUGCCAAGAAAAUCUAUGUGAGAAGAGUUGAACAGGGGCAGACAGGCUGGCCAGUCAGUGUAGUGUGUCCUAAGGAGCCUGUUGACAUCGAGAGUCUGACUGAAGCACUGAGAACCGGGCCUUACGGGCGCUGUGUGUACGACUGUGACAAUGAUGUCUUAUCCAAUCAGGUUGUCAAUUUCCAGUUUGAAGGUGGACAGACAGCAUGUCUAAACAUGGUGACCUUCACUCAGGAAGUGGGUGAGCGACAGACAAGGAUCUCAGGCACCAAGGGUGAAUUACGCUGCUCAGGUGCAGGUCCUGUCUACCUCUAUGACUUCCUGACUCAGGAAGAGACGAAACAUGACUGUGAAGCGGCGCCCUCUAGCAGCGUGGGGGACAUGCCACAUGGUGGAGCAGACUUCUUCCUCAUGGAUGCCUUUGUCAAGGCUGUGCAGAGUGGUAACCAGUCCCACAUAGUGACAGGACCACAGGACACCCUACACAGCCACCUGCUGGUGUUUGCAGCUGAGCAGGCUAGACUACAGGACAGAGUCAUCAAAAUACACCAGGAUGGGUCCUACAGCUGAUCACACAUUGAUAGAUUAUCUUUAUAGGGACGAACAGCUUUUAAAUGUCACAAAAUUUUAGUGUAGGAGGAGUACUAGUUUUCAAAGUCAAUGUGUGUUCUGGGGAUACAUGGACGACCAAUUU